AUGUGUUUCGUUCGAGGUCGAUCUCGACAUCCACAAUCUCAAGGAUGUAUUGAAAGAGCGAAUGUUAAAGAGAAAAAUAUUUUAGACGAAGACGACUUGCCGGGCAAUAUAGAGGAAAUUGAUGAAACUCCAGCUGAGAAAAACAAUUCAGACUUGCUUAAUUUGGACGAUGAAUUAGAUACUCCGGUUGUUAAUGAAGCAAAUGAAAAAGAAGCAAAUGAAAACCACGCA